UGGAGAAACUGGACUUAAACCCGCUUCAGGACCUGGAUUUAACCGAGAGGAUUCUGCUCAGCUUCAUAGCUUUAUCCUGCUCGACCUGCGUGGAGCUGACCUCGCCAUCAUGAGUCUGAGCACCAACGACCUCACCGAGCUCAUGGAGCUGUGGGAGGAGCUAAACCUGACCGCCGCCGACCACUACAACCUGUCCCACGUGGAGACGCUGCUGUGUUCAGGCACCGUCAGCCACGCCGCCCUCCUUCACGCUCUCUCCGUCCUCUAUGUCUUCAUCUUCCUGAUCGGCCUCGCUGCCAACGCCCCGGUGGUGUGGAUCAAUUUGCGCUCCGACAGGAAGCGCUACGAGACGCACCUGUACAUCCUGAACCUGGCCGUGGCCGACCUGUGCGUCGUGGCCACGCUGCCGGUGUGGGUGACCUCGCUGCUGCGGGGGGGUCGCUGGCCUUUCGGAGAGGCCGUCUGUAAACUCACACACCUGAUCUUCAGCGUCAACCUCUUCAGCAGCAUCUUCUUCCUCACCUGCAUGAGCGUGGACCGCUACCUGUCUGUCACAGUGUUCACCGAUGCGCCCGACAGCCACGGGAAGAAGGUGGUACGGCGGCUGAUCUGCAUCCUGGUCUGGCUGCUGGCGUUGGCGGCGUCCGCCCCCGACACCUACUUCCUGCAAGCGGUGAAGUCAUCGCACCACGACGGUGUCUGUCGGCCGGUGUACCCGACCGGCAACCCUCGCGAGUGGAUGGCAGGUGUCCAGCUGAGCUUCAUCGUACUCGGCUUCGCUAUCCCUUUCCCCGUCAUCGCGGUCUUCUACCUCCUCCUGGCGACGGCGAUCCCUUCCAGCUCAGACCAGGAGCGCCGCAUCAGCCGCCGGCUCAUCCUCACCUACAUCGUGGUCUUCCUGGUGUGCUGGCUGCCGUUCCACGCCGUUCUUCUGCUCGACACGCUGUCCCUGCUCGGCCUCCUUCCCUUCAGCUGCCGGCUGGAGAACUUCCUGGACGUGGCGCUGCACCUGACGCAGUGCUUCUCGUUGGUCCACUGCUGUGUCAACCCCGUCCUCUACAACUUCCUCAACAGGAACUACCGCUACGACCUCAUGAAGGCCUUUAUCUUCAAGUACUCCACCAAGACUGGGCUCGCCAGACUCAUCGACGGCUCGCACGCCUCCGAGACCGAGUACUCCGCAGUGACGGUGGACGGCGGCGUCCCGAUGUGAACUCGCAGUACUUGGGAAUACAGGAAGUACCGCUGACCCCCGGGCUGUGGUGGGAACUGACUCUGAACACUGCUUAUUACUUACAAACACGUCUUCUACUUGUUCCUGGUCGCGGUGAUCGUUUCCACCCUGAUGGUGUGGGCUGAGGCGAUGGACAGUCGUCUCAUCAUCCUCACCUUCAUCGCAGUCUUCCUGGUGUUUAAUCCGCUGGUUGAUAAACAGGAGAUUCAGGUCUGGACGUCCUUGGGUCCCUUUCAGACUGGUUUGUCUUCAUUAGGUCUUGUGUGUCCCAGUGGGGACUGGGACACUGAUUAGCAUGUUUGGACAUUUGAGUUUAAAGUCUCUGGACUCAUGAAGACCUUCAACUGUCCCAGACGAGUCCCAGACCAGAACAGUCUGGGCAAGUCUGAGUACAUUUACUCAAGUACAGUUUGAAAGUACUUGUACUGUCUCCAUAUUAUACUUUUCCUCCACUACAUCUCAGAGGGACGUGGUACUUUUACUUCACGAUGUUUAUAUGUGGUGGAACAGAACUGGCUUCACACUGACACGAUGACCUGACAGUCAGAACUGAGGGCAGAAAGAAGCCCUUCAGUGAUUGAUCCUGUAAAACACAGCUGCUCAUCUUCAUCACCACCGCAGAAGAAGACUUCAGUGUUUCUACUGAACAAACAGCUGAAAUCAAACCUGUAAAUAGAUUGUAAGCCUCACUCUAUAUUCUGUGAAUAUAUUUACUGCUGUUUUCAUGUUUCAUGUGUGGAAAACUUCAUGUUUGUGACUUUUCUGUUACUUUGUUUCAGUUUCUCAGUUUUUUCCAACAGAAAACUUUUAGUGUCAAAU